AUGAAGGUCCAAGUUAUAUCAAGAGAGAUCAUUAAACCCUCAGUACCAACACCUCCACAUCUAAAAAAUUUCAAGCUUUCACUUCUUGACCAACUUCUGCCUCCAUCUUACGUUCCCAUAAUACUUUUCUACCCGGCUAGCGCUGAUCACGAACCCAACAAUACUAUUUGUCAUCAGAAUAGUAAAUCUGAGUUACUCAAAAAAUCACUACCGGAAACUCUAACGCACUUCUUCCCUGUUGUGGGUAGAAUAAAAGAUAACGUCGUAAUUGAUCGUAACAAUCAAGGUGUAGACUAUAUCGAAGCGAAAGUGGAUGGUUUAAUGUCUGAUUUUAUGAGUGUAGACGUAGUUCAUCAACUUCAUCCGUCGCAUAUUAUGCUGGAUGAUGUAGCUAAAGAAGCACACUUAGCAGUUCAAGUCAACUUGUUUGAUUGUAGUGGAAUAGCCAUCAGUAUUAGUACGUCGCACAAGAUAAUUGAUGGAUGUACAGCAAUAACAUUUAUCAGCACCAAAACAAGAAAUUAUGUAUCCAACCUUUGA